GCAUUUCUGGGGAACGCUCUGAUCCUGAUUGCUCUCCGUAACGUAAGUUCUCUUUAUCCACCGACGAAACUGUUGUUUCAAUGCCUGGCAAUGACUGAUUUUGGCGUUGGUCUCACUUUGCAGCCAUUCUAUGCCAUCCACGUCUUAUACUCUGCGAUAAACGUCAACUGGGAUAUCUUUCUUUUUUUCCGGUAUAAGUUGGGCUUUGUCAAUUUGUCUUUGUGGAGUUUCCCUGUUCACAAAGACUACUCUAAGUGUGGAUUGACUUCUCGCCCUUUUAUUGAGGCUAAGGUAAAAGCACGUCGUAACACUAAAGCGAGUUCGUGUAGUUAUUUUCUGCUUUUGUUUAAUUUCUGUUUUGUGCAGAUUCAUGUUCUUGUUCUGGGAUAGAAACAUCGCCGUGGCAACACUCACAGUCUUGGGAAUGCUUACCAUCAUCACCUCACUUCUUUCUUACACCAUCAUAUUUAUCAAGCUGCGUCUACAUCAAGCUACUGUGCACCCUACUGUGCAAUGCGAUGUUCACCAUCAUGGGCAACCAACUGGAGGGGGAAUUCCGGCGUUGCGCAUAGCACAGUUUAAAAGAACCGUUACCGGCAUAGCUUUGGUGCAGUCGGCGUUAGUUAUAUGCUAUAUCCCAUUUGUUAUUUUAAAUGGGAUAUUUCUGUUGAAUAGCAUUCUUGCCAACAGUGAGGUUUUUUACAUGGCUGCGAAUCUUGUAAAUUCAACUCUCGUCUCAUCUCUUAACCCGUUCCUGCACUGUUGGAGGAUCACAAAAGUGAGCCAAGCCGUGAAGGCCACAAUUAAAAAGAUGUACUGUAUUUUUUUACGCUAAGUCUUUUAACCCUCCUCGGCGAUUUAUGGAGAAACAGUUUGAUUUUUUUGAAAAAUCGCUUUUCAAUCAAACGAGUAUAUGUUAAAAGAAGCAGUAGACAAAAGAAGGACUUACUAGGGACAUUAGCAGAUAACAUGGGGGACAAUUAUCGGUUGUUUCAUCUUUUAUGAAAUCGAUUUCAGGAAAUGCCAGCUAUAUAGUAAAUGUAAGCUCACGGUAUAUUGUUAAUGUGAGCCUUAUAGUACAUGUAAAUAAUGAAGAAGGGCUAAUUGUGACUAGAUAUAAAUGUUGGGGGCUGGUUGUACGAGCAACUCGCUCGCUAUCGAAGAGGUACUGAGAAUCUAAGAUCACAUCUUGGAGGACCUCCACAGGCUCGCUUACGUUCUUCUGCAACAGAUCCAAACAUUAUCGCCCCAACUUAACCGCUAGUUGAUCACCAAAGUGGGUUGACUCAAGCCUGCAUGGUUGAACAUGCCAAGUAUGCUUAAUUAACCCACGGAAGUUUGACAACCCUCGAGGCACUACCCAUUGAACUACUGAAUCAUGAACUACGAUAGAGGCAAAACCCAGCGUUGGACAAUUGCAAUCAAACCGAUUCCACGAUCGUAAAAGCAGUUUUCAAUGGCUUUAGCAAUCUUUGUUAAUAUUGUUAAAAUGUUCAACAUGAUGGAAGUGUAAGACAAAAGGGCGUUAAAGCUAUACAAGUCACGGCUGGCGGUCAAAGAGAUCUCCACAUCCCCUCAUUGCUCGAAAAGUACUCAUUCCUGAAGUUCUGUGUUUGAUUACACUUCCAGAGACGCACGUGCCGCAAGACUGACCGGACGCUUCAGCUAGCGCUCCGCGUUCUCGCAUAUGUGUAUUUGCAGUUAGGCUAGUUAAGAUCGUUUCUUUUUUCUUCGUUGACUAAUGGGAGUCACAGUGAAAGCGUUAAGAAGAGAAAACGAUAAUUUAAAGAGACAACUGAAUGAUCUGAAGAAGGAAUUUCAGUCUAUCAAGUUUAUCAGUAGUCUCUAGUCAUUGUUGUCAUGACAAUUUUAGUUUCUUUAGUUCUCUUGUUACUUUUAGCUGUAUUUCGUUGUAUUUAUUUCCUGUAAACAUGACCGGCGUAGAUUAGCUUAGCUACCCGCUGGCAUGUUAUUGAACUUUUACUUCAAAACACAAUGAAAUAAAAUGAAGCGAGGAAAGAGGCUUUGGAAGUGACCUUUUUUUCUUUUUGACUAUCUAGCCAACAAAAACUCUUUAAGGCCAGUACCACCUGACGUGCCUAGUGGCAUGCUUAAACUCAGUAGAAUAUGGGAUGACAUUUUACCAUUUAUCGCUUUCGUAAAUCCUUACACCUUUAGCAAUGUUGUAAGAGAAAACUACACAUAAAGUCAUGCAUUUGAAUCCAACUCAAGCAUCGGUCAGGUACCUGAGCCUCACUGGUGUUUAUUGAAAUCGUAUUUUGGUCAAUUUUUCACUUAAUUUCUUGCUAAGCUGGGCGAAUUAACAGAUGUCCCCUUUCUUCGACCUUAAAUGGGGUAAACCGACUCAGCCAAGCUGAUGGUGAGCAUUUUAAUAAGUUUCUCCACUUUGAAAUGUAUAUAUAAUUACUUUCUUUUUAAAACAGCGACGCCAUUUAAGUGUUCAAAAUUUCACUUUGAGUUAUUGUAAUUUUUUUUCUCUGAAAACAAUUGAGCGAAAAGAUAUAAUAAUAUCCAAAUUUAUAGCCCAUGGCUUUGGGGAAACUUCUGCCCUUGUAACCGGCAGUAGAUAGUCCUACUGCCUGAUCGUUUUUACCGAUUUUAGUUUAUUAAGCCUACAACUAGUAGGCUUAAAAACAUGCUGUUUACAGUGAAGGUCUAGAACUACGUAAAGGAGGAUGAGGAGGUGAGCGUUUGGGAGAUGGGACCUUAACUACAGUCUGUAAUGACGCACUACACGCCAGAAGAGCUAGUAUACAAAUGGAUUUACCAUAAUUAAAGCGUAAGGUUUUUAAGGAGCUGAUCUAAGCCUAAGGACAUGCAACAAUUAGAAAAAUGCAAAAUUGCGAGGAAAUAUAUUUCUACAAACAUAUAAUUGGCACGGUGGCUGUGAAUUCUAUUUUGCAAAUCAUAAAAUGUUAACUCUGUUUUUUAGAGCUUAAUGGCGCUGAUAUAUUGAAACAUUAAUACCGGAAAGCGGAGACAUUCACAUUUGAGUCUUAUUGAGAAGAAGUGCCACUGAUGAUGACAAUGGACAAAUAGCUGGUUGUUUUUCUGUAUCAUGCGGGUUGUAUCAUUUAUUCAAUACUACAAAUCUGUUUGCAAAAGCUACAGCACAUUCUACGUAUUUACUUGUCAUAAAUAUAGGUCGGUGCAUGCUACGUUAACAAGAACAAAUAAAUCGGCCAAGAAACAAAAGUCAACUAUCGCUUAAACGUGACACAGGAAAACUGUUAUAACUUCCUCUACGACGUGUGUACUAACAGGGUCUAGAAAGGUCAUGUCAUUUUUCAAAGUCUGAAUCUCGUCAGUAAAAUUUAACUUUCCAAAGGCUGAACCAUGUUAAUGAAAUCUACCCUUCCUGAAUCUGAUUCUGGCUUGCAAAAUGUCGCGCAGAAUGUUCUUGAUAGCGCAUCGGAUGUGUCUAAACUUCCAGCAGUAAACCAGAGGAACGAGGGAUGAACUCAAAUAUAACAGCGUGUGAGUGUAAAUUGACAUAUCUUCCCCCACCUCAUUUCUCCGUGUCUCCAAGAUCACAAUAGCGAUUGGCAAAUGGCAGGCCAAAAACAACAGAUAGGCGUAAAAUGUAGCAACUGCUGUUUUUCUCACUCUUUCAAAAUUUGAUCGGUUUUCUUCGUUCGGUGCCACUGCUUGGGCUGGCUGUGCAUGAACUUGAACGGUGUGGCGACGUACGACUAUGUAAAUCUUGAAAUAUAUUAGACCCAUAGUAAGAAGACAAACCAAUGCCACAGUCACCGAUGCAAGGUUACAAACAUAUCCACCGCUCAAAACACCGGUUAGAGCCAGGAAAGCACUGAGAAGCCAGCUUAAGAUCACUGCAGCUACAACACGCUUGUACGUCACAAAUUCUUGGUAGGUGAGAAGUUCCUGGUGUUUGAGGUGAAGGUGGAUAGCAAGGAAUCUGUCAACGCUGAUAGCUGUGACACCGAAGAAUGAAGCAUAACCAAGGGUGCGUCCUAUGGGGUGCAGAGCUCUAUCUAUAUCUUUGUAAGUUUCCUGGUCGUCAGUUUGUUGUAUUUUCAUAAUCAUGCGAGCGAUGUACAAAGGCUGGACAGCUAAACCAAUGCCAAGAUCAGAAAUAGCCACGCUGAGGAUCAAUGCUUUUAGAGUCUUUGGCAGUGAUGAAGACCUUCGCAGCGCGAAUAUUAAGACAAUGUUCAACAUGAUUGUUGUGUAACAUGAGACGGAAUUGACUACGAGGUUUAUGAUGAGGCGGGGAAAGAAAUCUGCUGCCUCUUUCAUUGUGUAUUAUAACUUCCUUUUUCCAAGAGAACGGGAGCGGAGUCAGGAAGGCAUGCUCUUGAAUGAGUUUAUGUUUAUGAGGAAGACGUCGGAUGAAGCUCUCUCCCUCCACGAACGCCUCUUUUGUUACUCUUUCCUCCUUACUCAGCUGACGUUUUGAAUAAUAUGUUGGGAACUGGGGUAAAUUUGGACGUUAAAAGAUUUUAAAACCCCUGAACGUCAAGGCAAUUAAUAUUAAAGGCGCAUCGCUAAUAAACAUCCGUCGUUUUAAGGUCGUUUGCAUGAUCCUGUUUUUUUUCACGUUUCGUUUAGUGGCAUGGUUUCCGUUAGCAGAAUUCAAAGUUAAAGCCCUUCCUAGAAACCUCAGAAAAACGAAUAAACAAGAAGAUUAGUUAAACUUUAUAUUUUCCACAGUCUUGCUAGAAGUGUACGUUUAUUCCAGAGAAAGAAGAUUAGUGCUCAUCUUAAAAAAAAAAGAAAUUUACAAAAUGAUAGAUCACCAUACUCGGUUAAAAGAAAAUGAAGAUUUAUCUCUCUAGGGAGCGCCAGCCUCAAGGCAAAAGGCGCCAUGUUUUGAUAAUGUGCGCGGUCUAAUCAUCUGAUGCCAGUAAUUAUAAGUAGUAAGGAUGUGCAAUGUAAUAAUAAGGAAAAAACUCAACCGUUCUAUGUCUCGUGAUCCAGACUAAUGAAGGACGAGUGAAUCAAAUGAUGCGAACGUAGAUUGUAAAAAUUCAGCUUUUGUUAAGAUAACAGAAAUGUUUGUACUUGAAACAUGCUUUAUCAUGCUUGAGAAAAAGAAAUAAAUAAAUAAAAAUUACAAAAAAAAAACGGGUUAAAUCCAUCGGAAAAAUUAAACUAAUUCAACAGAUGCUUCUAAUCUGUAAUAUUAAGUUACACCCUCCGGCUCCACCUCUGUUUUUUGCCAGGCCACACUCAUUAUGAGGCAACAAAUAAUUCGCAGGGCUUCCAGUGGGUUAAUGUAUUGUUUGUGUAAAUGCGUUUUUUGUAGUAUUCAGCAAUUUCCAUGUAAUUAGCUCUUAAAGAAGCGGUAUGUCAUACCGCGUUACAAUAAUUAUAUAACUUGUGCGCCGACUCAAGGUUAAAUUUGAUAUGAACUUUUUCUCUGACAUUUUGCCCUUCCAGUUCUGCUUGUCAAAGGUAUAACACCUCAGCAUCACCAAUAUCGAUGCUUUUUAAAGCAGAUUGGUGAAAAGAUUUAAGGGCAUGAUCAUAUGUAUGAUAUAACGUGCUGGUACUUUAACAACUGCUCCCCACUACUUCAGGAGAAAGCGUACAGGUGCACCAAAUGAUGAUUGAAAUUUGGAUAGUAGAGGCUUUUUUAGGUUUAAUAGGAAACGGAGGAAGUAGCAAAUAAUCACAGGUACCCCAAGCUCACGAUAAAAAAUCGUUGUUACGUAACAAAACUAUUAUAUGGGUUUUGUAUGGGGAUAUUAGCGAUCGUUAUUUAGGACACUAAAAUAGAAAUGAAAAUACUUCAAAACUUCUUACCUACCUUUCCUGUUUUAUUCAUGGUAUGUUCUUAGCAUCGCAUGGAGAGAGCAGGUGAACAACUGCAGAACUAAGACUCGCUAGAACCGCGCUGAAAUGGCCAGAAAUGCUGGGAACAUACCAUGAAUAAAACAAGCAGGCAAGUUAAGAAGUUUUGACGUAUUUUUAUUUUUUAUUUUAGUGCCCUGACUAACUAUCGCUAAAAUCCCCUAACCAACCUUUACGCAACAACGAUUCUGAUCUCACUCCGGAGCUUGGGGUACCUGUGGCGUAACUAGUCGUAAAUUGAAUGUGGUGCGGAGUUAUAUCAAGAUGGAUUUUAAUUUUCGAUUUUAGCUGCAGCUAAUCUACACGGCUUCAUUAACCAUUCUAAAAUGUUUUAUCUGCCUUCAAGCCAAUGACUGAAUGAUUUUGCAAUCGCUGCCUUGUGAUAAAAAAUUAAUUGUCUUUUCAGCGCCAUAUCAUGAUAUGAAAUAGCACUGCUACUGAUGUGUUAGAAAUCUCACAGCAAACACAAGACAAUCUAAAUUUUUAUACUUUCUUGAUAGAAGCAAAAUAACUUAAACUUCUGUUGUAUUUUACCACUAAAAGGAAAAGAAAUUGAUCCUUGUGUUAAUUAUAAAACUGUUUUUGAUUAUUGAAAACAUUCUCUCUUGUUGAAAAUGCAAGUGUUCGUUUUCUUUACAGGCUCAGAGUUUUGGGGCAAUAAUAAAAAAAAGAUAUAUAUUUAUUCAUGACUGAACUUCCAGGUGAUUCCUAUUGUUUCAUCUCCCCAAGCCUUGGGGUGACGUGUGAAUUAUUGCAGUGGUCUGGCUAACGACCUCGUUUCCAGAGUCCUUAAACUCGACUUCCUCUUUUGAACGAAAACGAGGUUGAUUGAGUAUUCCUAAGCUCAUUAAUAAUUCAAGAAAAAGAAAAUAGAAACAAGGAAAUCAUUACCGUAACGAAGGUUGGAAAAAAUUAAUUACCACAAAGUUUUGCGGACUUUUAUUGCUUUGAAGUUUUUUCAAGAAUUAUUGUUCAUUGAGAAGUUGUAUCAAACACAACAUUUAGUGUUUUAUCUGAUAUCCAGACGCCUUUAAGCCUGGUUUCCAUAUGAUUGUCCGGAUCGUCCCGAUCGUCCCAGUCGUCUCAAAAAAUGUUCAGACGAUCGGGACGAUUAUAUGGAAACGCUACCCAGACGAUCGCAAUCGACCCGGACGACUGAGACGACCUCGAUCGCUUGGAUAGAGUUGAGUUCUAUCCGGACGAUCGGGACGAUCACGUCAAUUUUGAAGCGAUCAUAUGGAAACGCUCUCAGACGACUGAGACGAUCGGGACGAUCGAAGGCUAUCCCAGAAGUCAUCGCUUUUUUUCCAGUAAUAGAGAAUAAAUUCGCCCCGGAUGGCGCUGAAGCCGAAAAACUAAUACACAAAUGUUCGCAGCGCUUAUGGGGUUAUUUGAAAUUAGAGAAAGUCCGUGACAUCAAGUUUUCGAAGAGAUACUAUGUCUUCGGAGAACUCUUCUAGCUUCUCAAUGCCGCAAAAUCAAGAGAAAAAGCAGAUACCAAGGUAAGGUUCGCUUUACAAAUAAAAAUCAUCCAUUUAUGUGGCUUGUUUGCAAAACACGCGCAAAAAUUCUAUUGUCUGACCCAGAGACAUCGCUGACGACACGGCGUCUCUUGCCUUUGAGGCGAUCGAGACGAUCAUAUGGAAACUACCAAUCGUCCCAGUCGUCCGGAUCGUCUCGAAAUAUUUUGAAACGACUGGGGCGAUCGGGACGAUCCGGACGAUCAUAUGGAAACCAGGCUUAAGUCGCUCCUUUCUUUAAUGAUGUUCGGCUCAGCCUAGUACCUAGCCGUUCUCAGCUCGAUCAAUCCUCGACUCUACGUAGGCUGUGACGUCACCGAGAAGGACUUUUCCGAGACUUGGUCUCUUGCCCACCCUUUCCGAGACUUCGCGUGGACACUGGGGCAAAAGGGAACUGGUCUUUAAUCAUGGUAAUUGCCACUAGCGUUACAAAUAAUGCUAAUCCGGCAAUGGAGCGGCUAGCGGUCACUCAAUUACAUGGUAUCCGAAAAAAUGAAAAACCAACGAUGUAAAUGCCAUUAUUAUGUUGAAUUAGUAGACACUCUUCGGAUGAAUUCUGGGUACGAUGAAGAACUAACAACGUCAGCUGACAACGCGUUCCAUACGGGGAUUGCUCUUACACAAAAAGAGCGUUUGUAAGCGUCAACUUAAGAGGAUCGGAGUCUGAUCUUAAAGUCGUGACUGGCUCUUGUACGGCCAUAUGCGGGCAUGGAGAUGAGGUCAUAGGGAAGGAAGAUGUUGACUUGACCUCAAUGUAUUUUAUAAAACAUGCCGAGACCGCAUAUCCUGGGCCUUGACUGCAGUGAAGGCCAGUUCAAAUCAGCUCUAUUGAUGAAACGCUACUAUAGUUGAAGUAAUAUAUCAAGAAUGAGACGCAGUAUUUCAUCACCAGAUGAAACACAGCUAAACACCGAGAAGAGAGUUGAAAAUACGACGCGCAGCGGAAUAUUUUUGGCAAACUUCGAGGUGUUUCAUCUGGUGAUGAAUGCUUGAUAUUACUUCUCAAACAAAAGGAUUUUAGAAGGAGAAAUUAAGGAUGCAAAAAUGAGCAGUUUUUCAUCUUAUUUCCAAACACUCAUUAAACAUUAAUUUUAUUUGUAUUUUCUUUACGAAUUAUUAAUGAGUUUAAGGUUUCAGAGUCUCAGACUGUCUUGGAUUACCUUACGUGGGGCCAUAUAUCUUUCAUUUGUUUUUGGCCUUCCAGCAAAAAAAUGGAACCGGUGUGUACAGGUAUUAACAUUGUUAUUAAUUAUUUGGUUGAUCUUUAUCCAUUAAUUAUUUUUAUUUAAGAGUUUCAAAAUUUCCCGAAGAAUACUUUUGAUGGCGUAUCGAAUAUGUCUCAUCUUCCAACAGUAAAUCAGAGGAUUGAGGGAAGAAUUGAGAAACAACAAUGUCAAAGUAUAGAGAGACAAAUGUUCUACCACCCCGGAUUUUUCAUUGCUACCUUUUGCAGCCGUAGCAAUUGCAAGGGUAUUUGGUAAAUAACAAGCCACAAAAAUUAGGUUCACCAAAAAUGAAACUCGCGCAGCCUUCAAAGACGAGUUCAAGAAAUGUGAAUCAGAUGUUCUACCACGUUGAGAGAUGACGGGUGCGGCUUGAAGUGUUUGGAUUUGAGUUUUGUGGCGUCGCGCCACUGACCAAAUCUUGUAAUAAAGAGAUACUGUACCGAUGGAGCAAAGAGCAACAAUAGCUACAGCAAAGACGACUCUUACAGUUUUUGGAAUCCAGACACUCGCCAUCGAAGUAAAAGCACUGAAAAGCCAAAUCAGGAUCGCAAGAGCAACGACACGCCUGUGGGUCACAAGUUCAUUGUAUCGGAGAUGAAGACGAAUCGCCAAGAAUCGGUCCACAGUAAGGGCUGAAACACCAAGGAAAGAAGCAUAAAAGAAAACAACGCCUGUUUUGUGUAUUGCGCUGCAAAUAUUAAGGUACGAGUUGCUGUCAGUGUCUGCUUGCAACUCCAUGGCAAGACGUGAUAUAUGCAAAGGCUGGACAACCAAACCGAUUCCAAGAUCAGAAACGGCCAAACUCAAAAGCAGUGUUUUUAAAGGCUUGGGCAAAGAAAAAGUCUUUCUCAGCGCCAGAAUUGUUAAAAUGUUCAACAUGAUGGCAGUGUAAGACAAAAAGGCGUUAAAGAUACAGGUCACGGCGCGCGAUGUAAAGAGACCUCCAGAUUCCGUCAUUCUUUGAUUAUAGUUCAAAAAGUUAUGGAGGUCGACUAUUUUCGCCUUGUUAUUCUUCUGUCUAGCGAAAAACUGUUCUAAGGUUAAUCACCGGCUGUGUUCAUCAACAACACACGCACGCAUUGGUUAGGGACACGGGCCUCACCGCGCGGGGGAGUUCAAUUCAACGUCUUGCCGAGCUGGGCAAUUAACGAGAUGUCUGUAUAUUUUUUUUUCUUGUAAUCCAUAAGUCGACCUUUAAUAAUUGCCAGCCGAGCUGAUCAUAAUGAUGGACUGAGCAUUUCAAGUUUCUCCUAGUAAGGCACCAUACUUACUUACUUUCUUUUUUUUUUUUAUGUAAGAAAAUUAGUGUUUAAAAUUUCAGUUUGGGUUGGUGUCAUUUGCUUUCUUUCUGUCUUUCGCUAGAUACAAAUUUUAUAGCACCGCUUAGAAUGCAUUUCUAGAUAUCUAAAAGUACCGUCGAUAGCCUAAAAAGUGUUUUCAAUGUAUGUGGGAGGGAACCGUCGUUGGGUGCCCCUGAAGUUAAAGCCCUUCCUAGAAGCCUCAGAAAAACGAAUAAACAAGAAGAUUAGUUAAACUUCAUAUUCUCCACAGUCUUGCUAGAAGUGUAUGUUUAUUCCACAGAAAGAAGAUUAGUGCUCAUCUUAAAAAAAGAGAAGUUUACAAAAUGAUAGACCACCAUACUCGGUUAAAAGAAAAUGAAGAUUUAUCUCUCUAGGGAGCGCCAGCCUCAAGGCAAAAGGCGCCAUGUUUUGAUAAUGUGCGCGGUCUAAUCAUCUGAUGCCAGUAAUUAUAAGUAGUAAGGAUGUGCAAUGUAAUAAUAAGGAAAAAACUCAACCGUUCUAUGUCUCGUGAUCCAGACUAAUGAAGGACGAGUGAAUCAAAUGAUGCGAACGUAGAUUGCAAAAAUUCAGCUUUUGUUAAGAUAACAGAAAUGUUUGUACUUGAAACAUGCUUUAUCAUGCUUGAGAAAAAGAAAUAAAUAAAUAAAAAUUACAAAAAAAAAACGGGUUAAAUCCAUCGGAAAAAUUAAACUAAUUCAACAGAUGCUUCUAAUCUGUAAUAUUAAGUUACACCCUCCGGCUCCACGCCUGUUUUUUGCUAGGUCACACUCAUUAUGAGGCAACAAAUAAUUCGCAGGGCUUCCAGUGGGUUAAUGUAUUGUUUGUGUAAAUGCGUUUUUUGUAGUAUUCAGCAAUUUCCAUGUAAUUAGCUCUUAAAGAAGCGGUAAGUCAUAUCGCGUUACAAUAAUUAUAUAACUUGUGCGCCGACUCAGGGUUCAAUUUGAUAUGAACUUUUUCUCUGACAUUUUGCCCGUCCUUCUGCUUGUCAAAGGUAUAACACCUCAGCAUCACCAAUAUCGAUGCUUUUUAAAGCAGAUUGGUGAAAAGAUUUAAGGGCAUGAUCAUAUGUAUGAUAUAACGUGCUGGUACUUCAACAACUGCUCCCCACUACUUCAGGAGAAAGCGUACAGGUGCACCAAAUGAUGAUUGAAAUUUGGAUAGUAGAGGCUUUUUUAGGGUUAAUAGGAAACGGAGGAAGUAGCAAAUAAUCACAGGUACCCCAAGCUCAAGAAAGAAAAUCGUUGUUACGUAACAGAACUAUUAUAUGGGUUUGUAUGGGGAUUUUAGCGAUUGUUAUUUAGAACACGAAAAUAGAAAUGAAAAUAAAUCAAAACGUCUCGCCUUGCCUCCCUGUUUUAUUCAUGGUAUGUUCGUAGCAUCGCAUAGAGAGAGCAGAACUAAAACUCGCUAGAAUCGCGCUUAAAUAGCCAGAAAUGCUAGGAUCAUACCAUGAAUAAAACAAGCAGGCAAGGUAAGAAGUUUUGAGGUAUUUUUAUUUUUUAUUUUAGUGCCCUGGCUAACUAUCGCUAAAAUCCCCUAACCAACCUUUAUAAUAUUUCUGUUUUCUGUUACGCAACAACGAUUCUCAGUCUGGAGCUUGGGGUACCUGUGGCGUAACUAGCCGUAAAUUGCAUGUGGUGUGGGGUUAUAUCAAGAUGGAUUGUAAUUUUCGAUUUUAGCUGCAGCUAAUCUACGUGGCUUCAUUAACCAUUCUAAAAUGUUUUAUUUGCCUUCAAGCCAAUGACUGAAUGAUUUUGUAAUCGUCUGCCUUGUGAUAAAAAAUGAAUUGUCUUUUCAGCGCCAUAUCAUGAUGUGAAAUAGCACUGCUACUGAUGUGUUAGAAAUCUCACAGCAAACACAAGACAAUAUAAAUUUUUGCACUUCGAUAGAAGCAAAAAUAAAUUAAUGUUCUGUUGUAUUGUACCACUAAAAGAAAAAGAAAUUGAUCCUUGUGGUAAUUAUAAAACUGUUUUAUUGGAAAUGCAAGUGUUCGUGGUAUUUACAGGCUCAGAGUUUUGGGGCAAUAAAACAAAAGAUAUACAUAUAUUCAUGACUGAACUUCAAGGUGAUUCCUAUUGUUUCAUUUCCCCAAGCCUUGGGGUGACGUGUGAAUUAUUGCAGUGGUCUGGCUAACGACCUCGUUCCCAGAGUCCUUAAACUCGACUUCCUCCGUCGAACGAGAACGUGCUUGAUUGAGUAUGCCUAAGCUCAUUAAUAAUUCAUAAAAAGAAAACAAAACAGGGAAUCAUUUUCGUAACGAAGUUUGGAAAAAAAUUAAUUACCAUAAGAUUUUGCGAACUUUUAUUGCUUUGAAUCAAUGUUUAUUGAAAAGCUGUAUUAAACACAACAUUUAGUGUUUUUUCUGAUAUCCAGACGCCUUGAGCUGAGAAUUUAGGACAUGAUCACACAGAAUGCAUUUGCUUGAUAUUUUAUCAACUUCUCCUCACUACUUCUAUAGUAAAUGAAUAGGGGCGACAAAGGAGAAUUUUAAUUUUGAUUCUUUGGUUUAAAGGGUUAAGGAUGAUGACGUUGAUCACUCCGUCCUCAUGAUCUUUCCUGCAUUAUAAUACUUAAUAACAAAUCGUGCAUCAUUCCUAAUUUAAAAUUAAUAUUAUGAUAAUUAUAGAAAACGAAGAACUUUUAAUUUAUAGGCUACAGGUCUACGAGGUUGUCUGCAUACUAUCGUUUUUAGAUUAAAGUUCUAACUUCUGCUAAUUUUUUGUCACCCAAAUAAAACUGCAAUUUAUAACACAAACCUAAUAGCAAAAGUUACAGUACUUUUGGCGUUUUUAUAUGUAAUAAAGGACGAAUAAGGCCAUCAACAAUGAAUAAAUCGGGAAACAAACAAAUGUUUAGGCUAUCGUUCAAAUAUGACACGGGAAAACUGUUAUAACUUCCUGCACGAUGCGUAUACAGACUAGAAAGGUCAUGUCAUUUUUCAAAGGCUGAAUCAAGUUAGUAAAAUUUAGCCUUCUUGAAUAUGAUUCUGACUUGCGAAUAUGUUGCGCAGAAUGUUCUUGGUAGCGCAUCGGAUGUGUCUAAACUUCCAGCAGUAAACCCCAGGAAAAAAGGAUGAACUCAAAUAUAACAGCGUCCGAGCGUAAAUUAAGAAAUGUUCUCUCAUCUUAUUCACCUGUCUGACCAGGAUCACAAUAGCGAGUGGCAAGUGGCAGACCAAAAACAACAGAUAGACGGUAGGUUUAGCCUUCCUGAAUCUGAUUCUGACUUGCGAAUAUGUUGCGCAGAAUGGUCUUGAUAGCGCAUCGGAUGUGUCUAAACUUCCAGCAGUAAACCAGAGGAACGAGGGAUGAACUCAAAUAUAACAGCGUUCGAGCGUAAAUUAACAAAUGUUCCCCCACAUUAUUCAUCCGUGUGGCUAGGAUCACAUGCACAAUAGCGAUUGGCAAAUGGCAGGCCAAAAACAACAGAUAGACGUAAUAUGUACCAACCGCUGUUUUUCUCACUCUUUCAAAAUUCGAUCGGUUUUCUUCGUUCGGUGCCACUGCUUGGGCUGGCUGUGCAUGAACUUGAACGGUGUGGCGACGUACGACUAUGUAAAUCUUGAAAUAGAUUAGACCCAUGGUAAGGAGACAAACCAAUGCCACAGUCACCGCUGCAAGGUUACAAACAUAUGUACCGCUGAAAACACCGGUAAGAACCAGGAAAGCACUGAGAAGCCAGCUUAAGAUCACUGCAGCUACAACACGCUUGUAUGUCACAAAUUCUUGGUAGGUGAGAAGUUCCUGGUGUUUGAGGUGAAGGUGGAUAGCAAGGAAUCUGUCAACGCUGAUAGUUGUGACACCAAAGAAUGAAGCGUAACCAGGGGUUCUUCCUAUGAGGCGCAGAGCUCUAUUUAUACCGUUAUAAGUUUCCUGGUCGUCAGUUUGUUGUAUUUUCAUAAUCAUGCGAGCGAUGUACAAAGGCUGGACAGCUAAUCCAAUGCCAAGAUCAGAAAUAGCCACGCUGAGGAUCAAUGCUUUUAGAGUCUUUGGCAGUGAUGAAGACCUUCUCAGCGCGAAUAUUAAGACAAUGUUCAACAUGAUUGCUGUGUAACAUGAGAAAGAAUUGACUACGACGUUUAUGAUGAGGUAGGGAGAGAAAUCUCCUGCCUCUUCCAUUGUGUAUUAUAACUUCGUUUUUCCAAGAGAACGGGAGCGGAGUCAGGAAGGCGUGCUUUCUUGAAUGAGUUUACGUUUAUGAGGAAGACGUCGGAUGAAGGACUCUCUCCCUCCACGAACGCCUCUUCUUAGAGGUGUUCAAAACCGGCGUCCAGAUGGCCUUGAAAGAUGCAACAAGGAACUGCUUAAUUAUAAGGAUCGAAAAAAGGUCCUAAAACUCACAUGAUGUAACCUUAUUGCUGACGUUUUGAAACAUGUUACAAACUGGGGUAAAUUUGGACUUUUAAUAAUUUGAAAACCUCUGAACGUCAAUGCAAUUAUAUUAAAAGUCCAUUUCCAAUAAACAUUCGUCGUUUAAAGGUGGCCUGCGUUAUCCUGUAUUUUUUUCACAUUUUGUUUAGUCAAAUGGUGUCCGUUAGCACAAAAUAAAAAUUACAGUCCUCCCUAGAAGCCUCAGAAAAACGAAUAAACGAAAAGAUUAGUUUAACUUCGUAUUCCCCAUCUGUCUCGCUUGAAGUCUACGUUUAUUCUAGAGAAAGAAAAUUAAUGCUCAUCCCAAAAAAGAGAAGCAAAAUGAUAGAUCACUAUACUCGUUUAAAAGAAAAUGAAGAUUAUAUCCCUAGGGAGCUCCAGCUUUAAGAUGAAAGGCGCCAUGUCAUAAGCCCGUGAAGAAGCGGUAUGUCAUACCACGCUACAAUAACUUGUGUGCUGUCAAGGUUAAAUUUGUUAUUAACUUUUCUCUGACAUUAACUUUUAUCUUGAUAUUAACUUUUCUCUGACAUUGCUUGUCACUCUGCUUGUCAAAGGUAGAACACCUCCGUUUUUAACCCAUCAAGAGUGAUCAGCAUCACAUUUCUCCUUGCAAUAUUGGUGACAAGAAUUAAGGGUAUGAUCAAAAAAGAUAUGAUGUGCUGAUACUUCAACAACUGCUCCCCACUACUUCAGGGAAAACGGGGCAGGAAAUGAGAAUUUAAAUUUUGAUAUUAGGGGCUUUUUUAGGGUUAAUAGGAAACGAAAGAAGUAGCAAAUGAUUAAUUUGCAAAUGUAACUACAUGUAGUCGUAAAUUGUAUGCGGCGCUGGGUCACAUCCAUCUGAAUUUGGAAGUUUACAUGUAAAAUUUUCGAUUAACAUUCAGCUGAAGUUAAUCUAUGUCACGGUGGCUACGUUAACUGUUCUCAUUAAAAUGUUUUAUACAACCAUUGUCUUCAAGCCGAUUACUGAAUGAUUUUUUAACUGUCCGCCUUAUGAUAAAAAAUUAAGUGUCUUGUCAGCGCCAAAUCAUGAUGUGAAAUAAUACUGCUAGUGUGAUGUUUUGUAAUCUCGUAGCAAACACAAAACUAUUUUUGCACUUCUAUAAAUGCAAAAGUAAAUUUUUUAAACGUCUAUGGUAUUGUACUGCUACCAAAACAAUAUUUUGGCGUCUGACGUAUAAUUGUCACUUUGAAUUAUCACUUUGAAUAAUCAGCAAUUAAGGCUGAACAGUCAUAAAGGAGGGUUUUCUAGCCUACUGGCCCAAUAUUUGUUAUUAUGAGAGUACAGGAUAUAUAACUGAAAGGCAGUCGCGCCCUUUAGAUGGGAAACUCAACCGAAGAUAGAAACGCUAUCUCUUCCGAGGUAUUUAAUCUGGCGACAGUGAUCAUAUUUUGCUCUCUUAAUAUUCUUCUUUCCAUCACGGCAUCGGUGGGCAACAUUCUGAUCCUGAUUGCUCUUCGCAAGGUAACUUCUCUUCAUUCACCAACGAAACUGUUGUUUCAAUGCCUGGCGAUCACUGAUCUUGGCGUUGGUCUCAUUUCGCAGCCACUCUAUGCCAUCUUCAUCUUUCUGAUAAACUUCAACCUUUGGAAUAUCAUCUCUAUUCUCCACGAUAUAACUUGGGGGUUAUCAAUUUGUCUUUCUGGAGUUUCCGUGCUCACAACGACUGCUCUAAGUGUGGACAGACUCUCGCCCUUUUGUUGAAGCUACGGUACAGGCACGUUGUGACACUGAAGCGAGCUCGUGCAGUUGUUUUCUGCUUUUGGUUAAGUCCUGUUUCGGGCAUUUUCAUGUUCUUGGUCUGGGAUACAAACAUCGCCUUGACAGCAAUUUCAGUCUCGGUAAUGCUUUGUAUCGUUACCUCACUUCUUUCUUACACCAUCAUAUUUAUCAAGCUGCGUCUACAUCAAGCUACUGUGCACCCUACUGUGCACCCUACUGGGCAAUGCGAUGUUCACCAUCAUGGGCAACCAAUUGGAGGGGGAAUUCCGGCGUUGCGCAUAGCACAGUUUAAAAGAACCGUUACCAGCAUAGGUUUGGUGCAGUCGGCGCUAGUUGUAUGCUAUAUCCCAUUUGUUAUUGUAAAUGCGAUGUUACUUUUGAAUAACGUUCUUGCCAACCUUGAGGUUUCUUUCAUAGCGUCUCUUGUAUAUCCAACUCUCGUCUUCUUAAACUCAUCUCUUAACCCGUUCCUGUAUUGUUGGAGGAUCAAAGAAGUGAGGCAAGCCGUGAAGGCCACAAUCAAACAGUUGUAUUGUAAUUGUUUACGCUGA